AUGGACAGGGACAUCGAGCAAAUGGUAGGUCAGUGCGCAAUCUGCCAGCAGCAGCGAGCCAACCCGCCCAAAGUGAAGGAGGUGAAAUGGGCACCGGAGAGUGAGCCAUGGGUUAGGCUACACAUGGAUUUCCUGGGUCCUUUCCAGGGGAAGGUUUUCCUCAUUGUGGUGGAUGCGCACUCAAAAUGGCCAGAAGUGAAGGCAAUGCAUAACAUGUCAUCAGGUGCAGUUAUCCAGGCGCUACGAGAGAUCUUCAGUUGCCAUGGGAUUCCCCGGUACCUGGUCUCAGACAACGGGACAGCUUUUGUGUCCCGAGAGAUGGAAGAAUUCCUAACGAAGAAUGGAGUUGUACUAAUGCGCACACCACCAUUCCAUCCAGCCACAAACGGUCAAGCGGAGCGCAUGGUGCAGACGGUGAAGUAUAAACUGCGGAAAAUGGGAGCGGGAGACUGGCACACACGAGUCGCUCGAAUGUUGUUGGCGUUGCGCACAACACCACUGGGAGGAUCUCAUAAGACACCGGCAGAACUCCUAAUGGGGAGACCAUUAAGAACGGUGCUGGACCAGAUACGCCCCAAACCAAGUUUUCAAGGCGAGGAGACCCAAGAGGUCACAAACCACCACAGGGGCAGGUUUUUUUUAGUUGGGCAGCAGGUGCUUCUUCGUGACUAUAGAGGGACUCGUAAGUGGAUACCAGGAACCAUUGUAUCCAAACAAGGGCCCGUGACAUACACAACCCAAGAUAAGAACGGCAACGUGUAUAGACGUCACGUGGACCAAUUGCUGAGCAACAAAGUGGCACAUCCAUCAAGCCAGGCGGUGUCAGUUACAUGUACUGAUGGCUGUGCUGCGACCAAUCGUGGCAGUACCACCCUGCGUCAGCUCAUGCCGACUGACGGGAUGGCUCUGACAGAGCCAACGCAGGUCCCAGCGACCAUACAGCGGAACCCUAUUCCGAUGGAGCCGGCACAGGUACCAUUGACCGUACAGGAGCAACCGGCAGAGAAUUGGAAGGAGCGGAAGGGUAAACAGCAACAGCUGCCGGGGACAUCACCAGUGGGAGCAUCAACACCGGACCACAGCAGCAGCCCUUUCAGAGGGUUUGCACAUCAUCGUGACCAGGGGCCAGAGCCAUGGGAGGGACUGCAGAUGGAGCUGAUACGCGCACAACCGCCCAGGAGAUCCACCAGGGCGAGGAUGGUACCGGGGAAGCUGCAAGACUAUGUGUAG